CCGCCAUUCCGGCGUCCCGCCAUGUCGAGUGCGGCGCUAUGUUGUUCACACAAAAGUUAGAUCUCAAACUCAUACAACUCGUUAGAGAAAAUCCUGUUCUCUACGAUCACAAUAAUGCUAAAUACAUGGACUGCAACGCCCGCGAGGUCGCCUGGCACAAGAUCGGAGACGAACUGCAAAACCCCGCCGCCGACUGUAAAGUGAGAUGGAUCAAUAUAAGAGACGUGUAUCGACGCAUUUUAAAGAAAAAAAUUAGCGACUCGGAGCCACGAAAAAGGUAUAAAUAUGAAAAUGAACUCGCCUUUAUGAGACCGUUUUUCAAGGAAGUCAGAGCACCAAUUUUCGAUUAUGAGUCAGACACCAACAAUGAGCAAGUUAGUAAUGAUUGUUACGAUGAAGGACCUCCUAGCGAUACAGAAGAUGACACUCCGAUUACAAAGUUGAAAAGAAAAAAAUCAUCUAAAUCUAAUUCUAAAAAGAAAAAGGCGAACAGAUACGAGGAAGAAGAACAAAUGAGCGUGUCUCUGAGUGAAGUAACUACGCCCGUUUGCGAUUUUGAUAGAUCGGAUCCUGUGGAUUCAUUUCUCUUGAGCAUUGGAGCUACAUUAAAAACGUUUUCGCCUUAUCAUUUGAAUAUAGCUAAGACUAAAAUAUUUAACGUGGUGCAAGAACAUGAUUUGCAACAGAUCGUGGAGAAAAAACGCUCUGAAGAAUCUAUUGCCGAUACAUCACAAAAAUAUUCAGAUUACACGCACUAACUGUAAUAUGGAAGUAGGAUAUGAUUCUCAGUAAUGAAAAUUCAUUGCAUUUAUUUUGGUAUCUUGUAAAUCAAAUUCAAAAGUAACCCAAAUAAAAUAAAAAAGUUAAUUUAUAAUGUUUGCAAGGAGGGUGACAGAGGAACAGUGAUGGUAUAUGUACGAAAUCAAAUAAACCUGAUUUACUUUAUCUGUUUGUGACGAUAGAUUUGAUAUGUUUGUGCUAGAAGAUAAUUAAAAAUAAAAAUAUAGAAAAUGAUUAGAAUAUUA